AUUUGGUGCAGCAGCCAAUCCGCGUUUACAGUAAAACACCACACUUCCUGUUUCGGAUUAAAGAAAAUAUCGCAAUUAAUGGUAUAUUCAAUCUGAUAUGACGAAUGAAUUGCAGUGACUUACCAUACCGUUUAUGAGAGAGAACACACGGCCUGACCAUGUCUGUGUCCCUGCUGUGGGCAGUGGAUGUGUACGGGCGCGUUUACAGCCUGUCCACUGGAGGGCAGCAGUGGGAGCAGUGUCAUGAUGCCGUGUUAGAGUUUAAGAGGGUGACAGCAGUACAGCAGUGUUGCUGGGGUAUCGCCUGUGACCACCACAUCUACCUGAAUGUCCACUCUAGUGAUGUACCCAUACGUUACCAGGAGGAGACAUACGAGAACCAGCGAUGGAAUCCCAAGGAUAACUUCUCGGAUCACUUGUUGCCGAGCGACCGCUGGCAUUGGAGUGACAUCACAGGGCUGGAACACCAACCCCUGGACAGUUUCCUUCUUCCCUCCACCAACUGGGAGUGGGAGGGGGACUGGUACAUUGAUGAGAACUUUGGAGGAGAACCCACAGAGAAAGGAGGUUGGACCUAUGCCUUGGACUUCCCUGCCACCUGCUUAGAAGACAAGAAGUGGAACUCGUGUGUCCGUCGCCGGCGAUGGAUCCGCUACAGGAGGUACAAGGCCACAGACACCUGGGCCAAGAUCCCAUCUGAGGGUCACAGUGGUCCCCUGCCAGACCCCUUUAAUGACAUCAGCUGUGGGGGCUGGGAGAUCAGUGAGGAGCCCAGGGGGAGGCUGUCUCUGUGGGCUGUCUCUCUACAGGGCAAGGUGUGGUUUCGUGAGGGUAUCCACCACCACAGCCCAGAGGGGGAAGGCUGGGAGGAGGUGUCUCUGCCUGGGGAGGUAGUGCAGAUCAGCUGUGGACCAGGGGACCUGGUUUGGGCUGUGCUCUGGGAAGGGCAACUCAUCGUCAGGGAGGGCAUCACCAGAGACUGCUCACAAGGCUCGUCCUGGGUGGUGGUGGACUCUCCCAACCCAGAGGCCGGGGCCAUCCACGUAGCUGUGGGGGACAACGUAGUCUGGGCCGUCACCAAGGACAACAAAGUAUGGUUCAGGCGUGGCAUCAACUCCCAUAACCCAUGUGGUUCAGGCUGGAUCGGGAUGGUCGGGGAGAUGGUCAUGGUCAACGUGGGCCUCAACGACCAGGUGUGGGGUAUCAGCUGUGUGGACCGGGCAGUGUAUUUCCGUCAGGGUGUGACCUCCAGUGAGUUGAGUGGUAAAGCCUGGAAGGCUGUCAACGUUCCCCGAGACGGAGACAUCAGGUCCCACUCCUCCGCCAGCAUUAGCAGUCUGCACAGUGCUGGUUGUUUCUUCAGUGGUGAGAUACAAGCCCAGUCUGUGAUGAGUGAAGACUUGGACACAGAGGGCGGUCCACAGACGGCGGUCCUAGAAGUAGGGGCAUGCCCCUCCUCUCCUCCCAUCGACCCCGACGUCCCCAAACCACGCAUCCCUAAGGUCACCAGCGACAGUUUCAUCUCUGAGAUGCUCUCCGACCGUGAGGUCAAACAGGAGGGGGCCACCGCUGCCACCACUGCCAGUCCCUCUAUCCCAGAAGAGGAAGUCGCUCUUGGGGAACCAGAGGCCAAGUGUCCCCCUCCAGCUCUGGUUCUCUCCCCCAGCCUGUCUGGAGGGCUUGGGGACCCCCAGUGGAGUAACGUGGACCUGGAAGAGACCCAGACUCACCUGGCUGUGGGGCCUGCCGUGGUGAGAGCGGACUCGGCUGACACCUGUAGUCUGUCCUCGGUGGCCACCUACACCCUGUGUCAGGGGGAGCCGUAUGGGGCAGAUGAACACCCGCUCUGGGCAUGGGUCAGUGGAGGAGGCUGUGGUGUGAACUGUCACUCCCAGCUCAACUGGUUCAACUCUGCCACAGCCCUGGCAUCAUCAGUCCAGUCCAUGAGUCUGUCCAUCAGUCCAGCCCAGACAGCUGCCUGGCGGAAACAGAUCUUUGAGCAGCUCAGCGAACGCUCUAAGAGAGAGAUGGACCACUUUAAACACUACGAACAGGCCGUAGAACAGUCUGUGUGGGUGAAGAAAGGGACCAUGCAGUGGUGGAGGGACUGGAAGCCCCAUAAGUGGGUGGACGUGAGGUUUGCCCUGGAGCAGUUCUCAGGACCUGAGGGAAACCAGGACGGCAUCCUCUUCCUCUACUACAACUUCAACGAGGAGAAGAAGUACUUGCAUGCAUUCAUUAACGAGGUGACUAUCUUGGUGCCGGUGCUGAAUGACUCCAAACACACGUUUGCCGUCUACACGGCAGAGAGGACCAAACAGAGGUGGCCUAUCAGACUGGCUGCUGCCACUGAGGUGGAGAUGCACGACUGGCUGGCCCUGCUGAGUGUGUCGUGCUGUGACUCCCGGGGGAUCCAGGGUCCCCCCUCUAAACAAGCCAUCUGGUCAGUCACCUGUAAAGGAGACAUCUUCGUCUGUGAGCCUUCGCCUAGCCUGGAAGCCUGUCCCUACCCCACACCCUGCGACCAGAUGUUCUGGCGUCAGGUGGGGGGCCACCUACGUCUGGUGGAGUGUAACAGUCUGGGGGUGGUUUGGGGGGUAGGCUACGACCACACUGCCUGGGUCUACACCGGCUAUGGAGGGGGAUUCUUCCAGGGUCUGGCCAGCAGCACAGAUAACAUCUUCACCCAGACAGAUGUGAAGUGUGUCUACAUCUAUGAGAACCAGAGGUGGAAUCCAGUCACAGGUUACACCAACAGGGGCCUCCCAACAGACCGCUACAUGUGGAGUGAUGCAACAGGACUGCAGGAGUGUACCAAGGCCAACGCCAAACCUCCAUCCCCUCACUGGACAUGGGUAGCAGACUGGACCAUUGACUAUGGGAUCUCCGGGGGGACAGACCGAGAGGGUUGGCAAUACGCAGCUGAUUUCCCAAGGUCGUAUCAUGGCCACAAGACCUUGAAGGACUUUGUUCGUCGUAGACGAUGGGCCAGGAAGUGUAAACUGACGACCACAGGGCCGUGGCAGGAAGUCCCACCCAUCCCGUUGAGUGACGUGACCAUCGUCCUGUGUGGAGCUCAGAGCAGUGUUGAGCCGAUCCCUCUGUGGGCCAUCAGUAACAAGGGAGACGUGCUCUGUAGACUGGGGGUCACCCUACUGACUCCUGCCGGGACGUCGUGGCUUCACGUGGGCACAGACCAGCCGUUUAAGUCUAUCUCCAUCGGUGGGGCCAACCAGGUGUGGGCCAUUGCCAGGGAUGGAUCUGCCUUCUACAGGGGCUCUGUGUCCUCAGAGAGCCCUGCAGGAGAUUGCUGGUACCACAUCCCCUGUCCUGAAAGACAGAAGCUCCAACAGGUGUCUGUAGGGAGAACGUCGGUCUACACUGUGGAUCAAAAUGGUAACCUGUGGUUCAGACAGGGCCUGACUCCCAGCUACCCCCAGGGAUCAUCAUGGGAACACAUCUGCAACAAUGUACGCAAGGUCUCCGUAGGACCUCUAGACCAGGUGUGGAUCAUAGCUGACAAGGUGCAAGGCAGCCACAGUCUGAGCUGUGGGACAGUCUGUCACCGUCUGGGGGUUCAGCCCAUGGAGCCAAAGGGACAGUCGUGGGACUACGGCAUCGGGGGUGGCUGGGACCACAUCACUGUGAGAGGGAACUCCAUUGAGGCUCCUCGUGUCCGUAUGCCCUCCCUGACACCCUCCCUCACCUCCUCCCUAACGGACCCCCUCCGCCCACCUCCACCCCGCAGCCUGCUCCCUGUCAUGAUCACAGAGAUGGAGAACGGGAACGCUGUCAGAUGUUAAACACACACCUACAGUACUUGCUAGUGGACACUAUCUCUCUUCUGUCUUCAGCCCAACUCUCUCUUCAGAUACGCCACAAUGCAACUACCCCACCAUCCACACUGUACUGUAGCUCCCAGCUCCAGCCUCAGCUCUUCUGACCUAUCACCUGGCUGUGUUAAAAGACCUUUGAACCCUAUCUCUGCGCCCUCAACUUGACUCAGCCAAUCACCUUUUCUCUUUACAGCUAGCAGAUCAUGUUCAGUAUUUCCCACAGAGCACUAAUGUCGUUUUUAAACCGUGUCACUGAGUCUUUGAACAUUGCGCUAUUGUAAUUGAAAUGUUAACUCAGCUAAAAAACGUUGCCACGAGCAGCACCGCAAAUAUUCAGAUACACACAGGAUCGCUUCACGCUGUUGGAGCGGUAGGUACGGAUCGCUUCACGCUGUUGGAGCGGUAGGUACGGAUCGCUUCACGCUGUUGGAGCGGUGGGUACGGAUCGCUUCACGCUGUUGGAGCGGUGGGUACGGAUUGCUUCACGCUGUUGGAGCGGUGGGUACGGAUCGCUUCACGCUGUUGGAGCGGUAGGUACGGAUCGCUUCACGCUGUUGGAGCGGUAGGUACGGAUCGCUUCACGCUGUUGGAGCGGUAGGUACGGAUCGCUUCACGCUGUUGGAGCGGUAGGUACGGAUCGCUUCACGCUGUUGGAGCGGUGGGUACGGAUCGCUUCACGCUGUUGGAGCGGUGGGUACGGAUCGCUUCACGCUGUUGGAGCGGC